GUUUCGGGGUCUUGAGCUUGAGGAUGAAGGCCUCUUCGGCCGGGAGGACAGCGAGGAGGCGCUGGUUUCCAGGACUGCGCAUCCGGACUGGCGAGGUCGCUUCGCGCGCUUCCGCCGGGAACUGCCGUCCUUCCGAGCUCCAUUUGUUGGGCCGGUCAUCGAGGUGGUGGAACAGGCAGAUGAGAUCGCGUACUGCCGUUGCCGGCUGCGAACUGACUCCCUGGGACUGCGGCUGGACCGCGGUGCUUACCUGGAGGUAGAGGUGCUCAGCAAUCCGGACAAUGUCAGCCUAGCAGUGGUUGACUUCGAG